UUCCAGGUGUGGACAUUAUCGUUGCCGGUUGUGGUCAUCGUGCACGGGAAUCAAGAGCCGCACGCAUGGGCGACUGUGAGUUGGGACAAUGCCUUCGCUGAGCCCGGACGACAGUGUUUUGCCGUACCGGAUCGAGUGCCGUGGCCACAAGUGGCGGAUAUGUUGAAUACCAAAUUUUUCUCUUCGUGUGGACGCACGCUGACUGAGGAUAACCUCAAGUUCAUUGCUGGGAAGGUGUUCAGGAACCAUACCAUUGCGGAUUAUUCCCAGCUGCAGCUCAACUGGAACGCCUUUGCGAAGGAGCCGUUGCCAGACAGGAAUUUCACCUUCUGGGAAUGGUUCUACGGAAUCCUCAAGCUCACGAGGGAGCAUUUGAAGAAUUUGUGGAACGACGGGUUGAUCAUGGGCUUUGUGGGGAAAUUGCAAGCGAGCGACAUGCUUAUGAAGCAGGCUGUUGGCACAUUCCUGCUGCGUUAUUCCGACUCGGAACUCGGAGGGAUUUCCAUCGCCGGGUUCAAGGCUGAUACCCAAGGCUCGGUGACCGUUGAUCACCUGCAGCCUUGGACCAGCAAGGAUUUUGCGAUCCGAAGUUUGGCCGACAGGGUGAGCGAUCUCGGAAGUAUUAUUUACCUGUACCCGAAUAUUCCCAAGGAUCAAGCGUUCCAGCGUUAUUAUACUCCACCGGCUGAAGCCCAGCAAGGUUCCAGUGGCUACGAUCAAGCGUUCCAGCGUUAUUAUACUCCACCGGCUGAAGCCCAGCAAGGUUCCAGUGGCUACGUUAAACCCCUGCUCGUCAUUCAUGUACCUGGAUGGGGGACCGGUGCUGGAAUGUCUGCCGACAGCAGCUACCCCAACACCCCGCAUUACCAGUACCCGCAAUCCCCGCCUGACACGAAGCGUGAAAACCCUGGCAGCGUCGUUUCCGUGGGAUCGGAGAACGCAGGCCCGUGA